AUGAUUAGCCCUCUGGAUGGUCUGGUAAGGUCCAUUGUUUUUCCCCGUCCAAAAAACUCCACAUAUACGGCAUCGACCCAUUCCAACGCUCUUUUGCACAUUCCUUGUGUAGACUGGAACAAUCAAAAUGCAAUAGGCUCAUAUACCUACGGUUACUUAUUCACCCAGCCUUCUGCUACUCACCUCCUUAUUUACGCGCACCCCAACGCAGUGGACAUCGGCAUGAUCUACAACGAAAUGAGGGAGCUCAGCGAGGAGGCUCAGAUCGAUGUGUUACUAUUUGAGUAUUCCGGGUACGGUCUCACGCACAGCGAGGUGUCGGAGGAGAGCAUGAAUCGUGAUAUGCUGGCCGCUUAUUGCUUUGCCAGGGAUCACCUUCACGUGCCCCCCGAUCGUGUCGUGCUUUGCGGGCGAUCCAUCGGGGCUGCAGUGGUGGUGCGAUUGUCUGCAGGCCUUUCGAAUGGCCAAACCCCAUCAUUGGUUAUUCUACAGUGUCCGUUCACUUCGCUUAGCGAGUGUAUCCAGGAAUUUUCGCAAAACGUCGUUUCUAUCGCUAACUUCCUUGGGUAUAACUGGUUUAGAACCAUCGAUGUGAUCGCAGACGUGAAAUCCCCAGUUGUACUGCAUCACGGAACCCACGACACCACCGUCCCCAUCUCUCACACCUACGCGCUGAAGGACAAGCGCCGCAUGGCGACACGUCCGUGCGUCACUUACCUUUACCUGGACGAGGAUAGGGGCCACAACAAUCUCAAGCGUUCCACUCUGAUCCAAAUUCUCCGUGAAAGGAUCCCAAUAUUAGAACUCAGUCCCCUAAAGGCCAAGUGGCCUUCUUUUGCGGUGGCUCACCCAUCCGUCUGCAGUCUUCUCUUUCCGCCUGGUAUCACUAAGUUAGAUGAAGUCUGCGCCAGAUGGAAGGAACUUUUCAACUUGGCGGAUACACUGCAAUCCAGCGAGUCCUGGUUCGUUCUCCUCACAGCGAGUGUGUGCGUGUUCGCAGCGAGGGCUGCUCGCGAGUGGCAGGUUUACUCAGACCUUAUUAAGCGGAAUUCGCGCAAUAGCAGCCUCAUAUCACGCUGCUCGAAAACCGACUUUCUGAUUCGAUGCAUGACGAGCUGGUGUAACCCUCUCGGUGUCUAUAUCCCGAUCGCGGGACACUCGGGAUGCUCUGAGGCGCUUGUAUUCGGAUGCAGCGUGCCACCCGGCCGUUGGUCUUCGUUUGAUGUGGCAUGGGACUUCAUCUCCCACGAUGUAUCAAACGUCCUGUUCAUGGUAGCCGAAUUCAAGCCAACUGCUGGGCUGCUCAAGGCCAUGGGUAUGGUCCUUUCGUCCGCACCGGACCUUCUGGAGGUACCCAGGGAUGAACUACCUAGUUUCAUCCACCCGGACCUUGUGGGGAACAUUCAAAUCGAGUGCGAGCGCAUUGUCGCCUUCAUGUCCCGCAGUAUAGCUACAUCUUUUCACUCCCUCUUUUGUGACUUUGAAAAAAGUAGUGUGACACUCAUGAGCGCCAAAGCCAGCUGUCUGCCUGAUACAUCAUUCGAUCACGUGUCGUACAAGGAGCUUAGUGAGUGGCUGAGUCCUUAUGUGGAGCAGCCUCAACAGAUGUCGUCCAUCGCGGCCGAGAUCCCAUGGGAUUACUAUUUAUUCAAGGCACGCGUACUGAUGAGUCGAUACAGACUCCAUGUGGACAUGGACUGGAGGGAACUGGAGGAUUUCCUUCAGGCAGGUUUGGUAGUAGCCCAGAUUUAUGCCUGCUUUUGCAGGUAUUUUGCCCUCUCGACUAAGUGCUCUUGCGAGCCUUACCCUUAA